UUGCGUCUGUGUCUGUUUAGGUUAAGAGGAUCGAUGUCGUGGUGGGGGGAGGAAGCGGCGAAGGCUGCUAAAAUAGCUGUGUGGUGGGAUAUGAAGGACUGUCCGAUUCCUGAGGGUUAUGAUGCUGGUGGGAUCCGGCCGAGUUUAGAAGCGGCGUUCAAGGAACGAGGCUACACCGGUCCAGUUUCCUCCAUCACUGCCUAUGGUGACCAAACAGAAACCCCUGUUCACAUCCUGAAAGGGCUCUUAUCUACUGGAGUUUCGGUAGCACACACCAGAUCCGAAAGCACAAAGUACAUCAUGUAUCGGGAUAUAGUGGAAUGGCGAGGUCAGAAUCCUCCCCCUGCUACAAUGAUGAUCAUAUCAAAUCCGGUGAGAGGUGACUUCUGUUGGGAUCUGGCCCGGCUACAACAACGGUCGCAAUACAAUCUGUUUGUGGCUUAUCCGAAGUCGCUUUGCUUUAUCUCACCCCUGCGAACUUCUGCACUGUGGGUAUGGGGAAAAUUACUAGGGUUUAGGGAUAAUAAUAGAAUUAUUGAGACCAGAAGCGCACCACUUGCCAUGCUUUGUUGCAAAUCGUGCAAUUUCGAUUGCCAAAUCCCUGAGAAAUUGAGGAAGCAUCUCUCGAGUUAUAAGCAUGCACGCCAAGAGUCUGUAUACCCUACGUACAAAGAAAUCACCCGGGUAACGGAGCAUUGGGGAAGGAACUACCCGGCAACGCCUGAAUAUGCGACAGCUAAAAUACUGGUGUGGUGGGACAUGUUUUACUGUCCUAUCCCCGAGGGAUAUGAUGCUCGUCGGGUCCGUCCGAGUUUAGAAGAGGCAUUUAAGAAACUUGGCUACUCUGGUCCUGUCUCCAUCACUGCCUAUGGCAACUUAAACCACAUCCCUGAGCACCUCCAGCGAGGACUCGCUUCCACUGGAGUCAGUCUUGCACAUGCCGUUCGCGAUGUCUCAUACAAGCGCAUGUAUCAAGAUUUGCUGGAUGAGCAAGAACCUAAUCCUACUCCGACUAAUAUUAUGGUCAUAUCUGAUACAGAUGCACAUGAGGCCUUCUCAACUGCCGUUGCCCACCUAGUACAAAUCCAGAAACACAACCUUUUUCUGGCUUAUUCAUCUAGGCCUUACCAAAUCUUAGUCCUGCUCCCUUCUGCCGAGUGGCUCUGGCAUAGCUUACUUCAAGUUUCAGAGAAAAGGAAACACAUUCUUCAGAAAUGCAGUAGUGAAAGUGAUAGGGGUGUUGGAUCUAGCGCAAUGUUUUAUUGCAAAUUGUGCUGUGAUGGCAAAGGCCCUGAUUACAAAUGCCUUGACAAUUUAAGAACGCAUCUCUCAACUGAAGAACAUUUGCAAGAAGAGUGUAGUAUUACUGCGUUUGUUCAAUUAAAAAUGAAGAAUAGGCAUCUAUCUCUCUUAGCCCAGUACGAUCGAGAGCAUCGAGAGCAAUUGCGACAGGUAAAAGGUUCUCCAAAUAUCAAACGUAUGGGGAAGGCAUGCCGGACGGGUUUUCGUCUGCUUGAUAAUCAUUUACGUCCACUUAGAGCUCGUAAAUCUCAAACCUGCAGACGUCGUCGUGGUGGCUCUCGACGUAGAGCUCCAAAAUCUCAAAACAUGUGGUGAAAUUGUUUCCAGGUCAUCAUCAGUCCUUGAAGAAGCUCUUGUUUUUCGUUUCUUGUCUAUGUUUCAAUUUCAAGCGGUACUUAUUUUUCAUUGCGUUUUACUUUGUUUAAAACCAUCUUAUUAUUCACUCAUGUAAUGUUAUUAGUAACUAGAGUUUGAUGUAUUUCGUUUGAAGUCUAGUAGUAUAAUUGUGGAACGUUUUCGGCUUUAGUAGUAUUUCGUUUAAAGUUAUGUGUUAUAA